AUGCUGGAAAGAGCAGGCGAUGAGAGGGGCGCCAAAAGGAAGCGGGCGGGCGCCGCUUCCGGUGCAUUGCCUGGAGCCGCGCGCAUCAAAUCCAAGCAGCGGGAGGUGCCGUCACCCGACACGCCAGCUCAGGCCGACAAGGGGAAGCAGCGGGCGCUGACACCGCAGAUACAUGUGAGCUGCGAUGAGGCGGGGCCGAGCGGGCCGCCUGAUCAGGUUGCGCGCGCCGGCCCCAGUGGUCCAUUCCGGGCGGCUGCCCGAUCCACCCGCGCCGCUGGGCAGGCCAGAGGCAUUGAAAGAGAGGAGGUCAUAGAUCUAUCACCAGACAGCCCCAGGGCCUCCACCAACACGCAGCUGCUUGCAGAGAUUGCAGUAGGACUGAAUCAGUCCAGCACAGGGCACUUGGCAGCAGAUGGGGGCGACAGCGGCCAAGGCAGCCUGGCUGUGAAGCGGGAGCAGCGCAUGCAAGCCGCCACUGCUGCGCUGCCCUUGGCUCAUGCGCAUCCAGCGCCGAGCAGGCCGUCUGGCAAGCUCCAGGUCACCUGCACCCUCAGCAGAUUUGUCGCUGACAUCAUGGGGGUCGAGGGAGAGAAAGAGCAGAUGGCUGCGCUCACUGAAAUGAGGCGCCGCGCUGAGGAGAGGGAGAAGCUGCUUACCUUGAACUCACUGAAGGACGCUGAGAUCAGAUCCCUGCGUAGCCAGCUGGAAAUCCAGCGUGCAUGA